AUGAAGUCCUCUGUUUCUCUUUUGGUCGCCGCUGCCGGUGUCCAGCAGGCUUCCGCUACUUUCGGCCUCGGUGCCUCCUUCGACUUCGGUCUGGGUUGGACUGGCGCCAAGACCUUCCCAUGCCCUGACAACACCGUGAACAAGUGUACGCCAAAGCAGAACCGCGACUGGGACUGGAGUGAUGUUACUGUCGGUUCCCUCACCUCUUAUGCGGGCUUCACCUUUGGCGGUGGCUGGUCCUGCGAGAACAACAAUGGCAAGCGUGGUGAGCUCCAGGGCCGCACUUUUGGCCCCGGAAAGGUCAUCUCCGGUUCUUGCAACGAGGAUGACGAUGUUGGCUUGUCCAUCGGCGUUGGCGUCGAUGCCGGCGUCGAUGCAUUCUCCAUUGGCAGCUUCGAUAUGUCCACCGAGUUCGAUGCUCGUCUUGAAUUCCACUACGACAUGCCCGACGGCAGCGUGUGCAAGCAGACUUCGAACUGCAAGCAGGGUGGUUCAACCAUUGUGAACAAGCAGUGCGGUGGUGCCAAGAAGGUCCGCGUCAUUUACCCCAAGCAGAUUGUCAAGAAGGGCUUCACAUUCAAGAAGAAGUGCAAGGUGUCCUGCCACAAGAUCAAGUGGCACUGCGGCAAGCCGACCCAGAAGCCAACCACUCGCUACACCGUUCCAGGAACCACCUCUACGAAGGUGAUCAAGACUACCACCACCCAGCCCGGGCAGCAGACCACUCCUGCUACCACUCUUCAGACCACAACACGGCCUGGACAGGAUACCACUACUACUCAACCCGGCCAGGACACUACCACCACCAAGCCAGGUCAGGAUACCACUACUACCAAGCCUGGUGAGCAGACCACUCCUGGACAGCAAACCACUCCCGGACAGCAGACUACUCCCGCAACUACUCCUGCUACCACUUUUGUCACCACCUAUGACUCUACAUCAACUGUCUUCACAACUUCCACCAAGACCAUCACUAGCUGUGGACCUACGGUGACCGAGUGCCCUGGAAAGAAUGGAACUCACAUUGUUACUGUCACCGUACCUGUGAGCACCACCAUCUGCCCCGUCACGGAGACUCGCACCCGCAACGAGGGAAGUUCUACCACUGUUGUCCUUCCUCCUCAGUCUCAGACCACCAAGGAGCAGCCUACCGGCGAGAAGCCCACGACUCCUGCCAGCCAGCCCCCCAAGCCUACUCAGACUCCUCCUUGCCCUCCCGUUCUUCCUUCGUGCCUCAACACCUUCUUGGAGUUCAAGUCUGACUGCAAGGACAACACGAACCCCAAGUGCAUCUGCCCUGGUGAAGAGUUCGUCAAGGACAUUUUCAACUGCAUUUACGCUCACGAGAAGGGCAACGCUGCCUAUGAGGCUAUCGCCUUCUACCAGGGUAUUUGCGGAGCUUACAUCCCCCAGAACCCUGUUAUUGCUACCGGUCCUGCCACCAUCACUCAGAUCAUCACCGUCACUGGCACUCCUAUGAUCACUCAGGUUCCUUACACUACCAUCAAUGUUGCUACAACCAUCACCAAGGACAGCAGCACUGAGACUGUUUCGACCCAAGUGACCAUUCCCAACAUCGCCUUGCCCACUCCUACCGGUGAAUCGCCCAACGAGCCUGCCCCUACUACCCCUGUGGCUGGCAACCCUACUCCCACUGUCAUUGGCACGGGCGGUGUGGUUCCUACCCAGCCCACCGGCUCUGUUCCUGUCGUUGCCGGCUCCGGUCGUGUUGGCGCUGGUCUUGGCAUGGUUUUGGCCGCCGUCGCUUUCGUUGUUGCCUUUUAA